ACCAGUCAGCAGUCUCCUAGGCCAGCCAACGCCAACCUCAAACGCUGAGAUCGCCAAGAUGAUGUUCAAAGUCGCCUGUCUUCUUGCCACUGUGGCCUUUGCCGCCGCCGUUCCCGGGACCCAGUACUACCCAGCCUCUGACGGCAGCAACAGGAUCAUCUACUAUCCAAACGGCUACUCUGGCUCCGGCAGUUACGGACAAGGCAUUCCCCUUAGCGGUCACGGAGGCUAUGGCGGCUAUGGCUACGGAGCUGGCUACGGUGCUGGUAUUGGAGCUGGCUACGGUGCUGGCUACGGAGCCGGCUACGGAAGCGGCUAUGGUGGUGUCUUCGGAUACCCUGGCUUCGGUUAUGGUGGUGGGCUCGGCGGAUUCCGUAUGCCGUUUGGAUUCGGUGGCAACUACUUCCACAGACCUGCUUACAAGAAUCCCGUUCCUUACUACGGUUAAGAUGCAUUCCAUACCAAAGUUUUAAUUCCGAAAAUGAAGCGGAUCGCCAAAAGUGACAACACCUUGAAGAAACGAAAGCGUUCCGAUAAAGAACCUAAAUGUAUUAUCUCAACACCCUUUUCCACACACAUGGUGCUUGGCGCAGACCACUUUAAGACAUCAGAAGAUUAAAACUCUGCAAAAUUUAGGGACAUAACAUCGGCAAAAGACUCUCUCUUAUCGGAUGAAACUGUGCCUGAAGAAAUUUACGUGUGAUAUAGGCCAUGCGGCGCCUUACCAUUGCUUGGGAGCUUUAAAAUCGCCAUUUGAUUAUGAUGGCAUGUACAUGUGAAUAAAUUAUGUUUUGUUAAA